UUGGUUGUCAUAGUAUAAGGCAUAACUUUCUGUUGUACCGAAAUUUGCCACAAAACGGAGAUAAAAUGACCCUCACAUCAAAGGCUUCACGUUUCAAAUCCAAGUUCAUCACUGCUGAGCUGGCUCGUCUGUUCAGCCAGUCAGACAGCGAGGAGGAGUUUGAAGGUUUCAGCGAGGAUGAGGAAGAAGAGGGCAGGCGAAAUUGUAACAAACGGAUGAAGACCAAGAUUGUGGAUUCAGAGGAGGACAGCGAUGUGGACACAGGCUUCUACUCUGAUGGCGAGAAAGUUUCCCCACCAAAGAGGAGGAGUCUUUUAGUAGCCUUGAGGUUUCCCAUGAAAAGACUGUCUACUCCAAAACAGAAAUCUCAAGGGGAAAAUGUAAAACAGCCUGUCAAAGAAACUCCAUCUUCAAAGAGAGCCAGAGGACGGCCGAGUAUGAAGCAGAGGCGGGACGAAGAGGAGGAGGAGGAGGAGGAGGCGGAGGAGCAGCAGCAGCAGCAGGAGGAGGACGACAAAGAGGAGGUCCUGUAUCAGAGUCUAAGGAAACGAGACAAGAACAUCCAGGAAAACAAGGCCAUGCUGGCUAAGCUGUUUGCUGAUCUGAGCACCAUGGCUGACCUGACUCUGCCCACCACCCCUCAAAAGAAGAAGAAGAAGCAAGUGCCAGAGAAAGCAAUGCCACGGAAACGCAAGUCUGAACCAGAGAUAGGGUCAGAAAGGAGGAACCCGUCUCGUAAGGCUCGUCCUCCUGAGAACUUUGCGGUGGAGGAAAAGAGCGAGCCGAUCGCCCACAGAACCCCCAGGUCUGUAGAUGUCAGGAGACUGAUGGAGGUGGAUGAGGAACAUGUCGGUGUAAGUCGAAAAAAGAGGAGUUCGAGGUCGAGCACGUAUGUGAGGUCAGUUGACGAAAUCACAGAAGAGGAACUGGACAACAUAGCAUACCGCAGCAAAGACAAGAUCUGGGACAAAGAGAACGGCAGCUCAUGUCACCAGUGCAGACAGAAGACUCUGGACACCAAGACAGUGUGUCGCAGUGGUUUCUGUGUGGGGGUCAAAGGUCAGUUCUGUGGGCUGUGCUUGAAGAACCGCUACGGAGAAGAUGUACGCACUGUGCUGCUCGACCCGACGUGGUCAUGCCCCAUCUGCCGAGGGAUGUGCAACUGCAGUGUGUGUCGUAAGAAGGAGGGCCGCUGUGCUACUGGCAUCCUCGUGGGAUUGGCCCGCUACAACGGCCAUGACAAUGUCCAUGAGUAUCUGGAGAGUAUUCAGAAGGAGGUGCAGGAAAGUCCAGAGUGUUGACCAGCGAGGAGAACCUGCUGUACAGCUGGUACCUGGAGGAGGUUCUGGUGCUGCACAGUACUGUUGAACUCAUUUUAAUGCACAUUUUUAGGUUUAGAUCAACCUAUUGGCUAACUAGAGAAACCUUUUAUAUCACCUUAAGAUAAGGCACAUACACUGUUAAUGUUUUAUAUAACCCUGAUUUAAGGCUGCAUAAGAUACAGGAUCGUUUUUGUUUUAAAGCCAGAACUCAGUUUUGCGUUGUAUAUUUUCUUUGGAAUAUUUGUACUCUUGAUGUUCACUAGAACAAAUGUAAGUGGUUAACUUCUGUGUCACAGAUGCCACCAUAGUCUUUUAUGCCAACAGCUUUUCAAAAAAAAUUAAUAAAGAAUGGCAUUAUCAAAUGAUCUGCCAUGUUUUUUUAAUGCA